CUAACCUACUUUUAUUUUAAUAGAUUGAGGAACUUCAGCAAGCUUUAACGGUAAAACAGAAUGAAGAGCAAGACCGACAGAAGAGAAUAAGUAAUACUCGCAAAAUGAUAGAGGAUUUACAUAAUGAACUAAGGACUACAGAAAACUGUGAGAAUCUUCAGCCUCAGAUCGAUGCCAUUACCCAUGACCUGAGACGAGUUCAAGAUGAAAAGGCAUUAUGUGAAGGCGAGAUAAUUGAUAAACAAAGGGAGAAGGAAACGCUAGAGAAAGAGAAAAAGUGUGUGGGUGAGCAUAUUAUACGUUUUGACAAUCUUAUGAAUCAGAAAGAAGAUAAGCUGAGACAGAGAUACCGGGACACAUAUGAAGCUGUUUUAUGGCUGAGAAGUAACAGAGACAAAUUUAAGAAAAGAGUUUGUGAGCCCAUAAUGCUUAUGGUAAGAAAUUUUACUUACCUUCAUAAAAUCUUUUGGUUUUAUUAUUGCAGUGAUUGUAAAUUUUUGUAAUGUUAAGAAUUCUCA